AUGUCUGGCUUCACGUUUCCUCCGCCUCCCCCGCCUCCACCCAAAGCUGCGGCCCAAGACGGAAGCCCCGGAAACCCAUAUUCGUCGCAAUCUGGAGCGUAUGGACAGCGCGGAGGCAGAGGCGGAGGGGAGCGGGGCAGAGGCAGAGGCAGAGGGCGAGGAGCCAAUAAUCGAGGAGCCUUCUCACGCGGCGGAGGCCACUCGCAAGGCGCUCAGCAGUUUCGUGCACCUGUAUUGCCCGCAGGCGGCUACAUUAACCCAGCAUUCGCGCAGCAGCAAUGGAAUUCGUCCAUGUACUCAAAUGGUGCAAAUACAAGUUCGUCCUCUUCCCAACCAUGGUCUUUCCAAAGUCCGUCGAUGCCUAUGAACGCAAGCCAUGUCUCCGAGAAUCUUAACGCUGGCUCCUCGCGUACUCCGAAUCGAGGUCGCGGUUUUUUGAAUUCCUCGAGUCAAAGACCAACAAACAAGCCGAAGCCCCAGGCCGCACCUGCCGUUCCCAGUUUUGGCUUUGCGCUGCCGUCGCAACCCGGUGCCACUACUGCAGAGGUAAACGAUUCAGGCCACAAGAACAAGAAGAGAAAGUUCAAUCAGCUGGGCCUUACGCCUCGCAGCGACGUACGCGAGGACAGUGAAGAUGAUGUUGAUGAGGAAGCAAAGGCCGCUGCCGCCGGGGGAGUGCUUCAAUUUGAAUACAAGGGACGCUCGGCAACCUUGAAGUCCGCUGCCGAGGUAGCUGCGUGGAUUGAGGAGCGCAAGAAACGAUUUCCUACUAAAGCGCGCGUCGAAGAGAAGAGGAAGCAAGAUGAUGAAGCUAGGGAGGCCAAGCGACUGGCGCAAGAGCAGGCCGCGGCAGAGCGGAAAGCGAAAUUUGGGGACAAAGCAGAGCCUGGCAAGAAACGCAAGGACGACGAGAAAACCAAAAAGGCCAUGAGCAAGAUUGAAAAGCUGCGGAUGAAGCUGGCAAAGGCAGAGGCAAAAGCGGAAAGGGCAGCCGCAAAACCUAACGAAACCAGAAAGGCGGAGCCAGACAAUAAAAUCGACGCAGAGGCAGUAUCGGCACCACCUUCCAACCCACCAAAGCUCAAUCUCGGAAUUAACUACGAAAGCGACGAAGAUGAAGACAGAGGAGCCAGUGAUGCUGAAUCGAGCGUGGUAUCCAGCAGCUCCGAAGAACCCUCUUCCGACUCCGACGAGCUAUCAUCAUCCGACUCGGAGGACGAGGAAGAAAGCGACAGCGACGCACCGCCCGACGAAGAAAGCUCCAGCAAACGCCCCAUCCGCGUCGAGCCGCCCAAGCGCAAGCCAGUCCAGCAAGAGAAGCUGCCGCGCAGCGCGCGGAAAGAGGUAGCAGCAGGGCCAAAGCGGACAAUGUCUUUGCACGACAGGCUGGUGGAGCAGGAGCGGCACAAGGAGGCAGAGCUGGCGCUGCAAGCCAUCAAGUUCCUGGGCGAGAAAGGAUUCUUCAAGGAGUGA